GACGAUCAAUGCCAGCGACAGGGCCAUCAAUGCGGUCCGCCCUGUUCCGGGGCCGAGGCAGCGCCAGAAGAAUACCGGCAGCAUCAACAGCAGCAGCGGCGAAAGGAAAGACGGUCCGGAAAGAUGCGAGACGUCGGCACGCAUCAGGGCGAACAGGUGCAGGAUGAAGGCGCCGACCAGCACGCCGGCAAACUUCCGGACGAAGGUCCGUGUCUUUUCGUCGGCAGCCCCCCACCUGCGGCCAAGGAAGGUCGCCAGCAAGCCGAGCGUGACCAGCAGAAGCACGACCAAUCCAUAGGUGAGCAGCAGCGGCCUGAACUCCUCACCCGAGAUCGCGAACGCCGACUGCAAGCGUCCAUGCACGACCCUCAGCGUGAGCUCGAUGCCGAGAUUGUCCGACCAGAUCGAAUUGGAGACGCCCGCCGUCACCAGGCUCGAUUUCGCAUUGGCCAGCGCCAUCACCUCGAAGAAGUGCGACGGCCCGACGAAGGCCGAGACCAGGACGACGAAGAGAACGAUCCCGGUCCCGACGAAGAGCCCGGCGAAGCGUGCGAUCGCCCUCAGCCUCAGGCCGGACGCCGGCCCGAACAAGGCGAGCGAGAAAGCGAACACCAGGAAGCCUGCGGUGAGCUGCGCGGUGCUGACAUUGGCCACGAUGCCGAACGAGGCGAUGACGCUGUAGAGCAGCAGGCCCUUGUAAUAGUUGCCGCUUCGCAGCCGUGUCGUCGGAUAGGUCAGGAUGUUGUUGAUGGUGAAGUUGAAGACCAUCGCGGUGAUCGUGGCCAGCGCCUGCGACACCCAGAACACCGCCCCCGCCGCGAGGCAGGCAUAAAGCAUCGAGAAAUGGACGCUCGAGCCGAUCAGCGCCGACGCCGACGAAGCUCACCAGCCGCGGCGGCACCAGGCCUGCCGACAGUUUGGAGAUCACGUCGCACAACAGGGCCCACAGGAUAUGGGUCUGCCGCACGGGCCGUCCGCCGAUCGGCGCCCGGACGUUCGAGGGCAGCUCCCGCAGGCCGGCCUUGCGAUUGA